CCCUAUAUACGCCUUGCUAUGCCGGAAGUCAAAAGCUUUCCGAUCUUCUACCCUCCUGAUGGAUUAUACUACAUCUUCAGCAAGGACUACGGCCACUUCUGGCGUCAACGUGGAACAGAUUGGGAAGGUGCAAUUAUUGACUGUGAGCCGCUUGGACAAGUAAGGGAGGGAAACACUAUGGAUAACCGAAUCUGGAAAGUCACCACAACAAGACCGGCAACGAAUAAGCUCGGGCCUCGUGUAACUCUCCAAUCCGCUCUGGCUCCGCAAGAAAGCGAGUCAGAAGAUGCCGUAGGAUUUGUUUCGAAGAAGAGCGGCAAGGUUAUCCCGUCGAAUAAAAAGGCGUCCUGGACUCUCAUUGGGCAUGGAAUGAAGCCGUUCGCUUACAAAAUUGUAACAAACGACCUGCGCAUCUCAAUCAAUGCCCCUAUGCAUUCUGCGAUGGACCCAAAGUCUGAGCUUCAUGCUGAGUUCCACGUGACAAGUGCAUAUGACAUGCGAGUGUACGACCCACAGUGGUGGUAUUUUAUACCUGUAGGUCAGAUUGACGGGUUCCUUUCUGCAAAUGGGAUUCAAAGGGCAGGAAAGUAAAAAAGUAUAUGUAAUACAAGAAACUUUCUUUCAUGUCUAAGAUACACAUAUGUGCUACCUGGUUGUGAUUUCUUUGCCUUCGCGAUCCUUGAUGAUUUUUUAUGCUUGAGUUUUCGAUACUGGUUUUGUAUUCUUCGGAUCAGAAUAAACUCAAA